CCCCCCCCCAGCUUUAUGCCGGGGCUUCUAGAAGACUCAGGAAGUUUCUCUCUGCCUCCUCCAGUGCCGCCUUACACCAUCGUCUACUUCCCGGUUCAAGGGCGCUGCGAGGCCAUGCGCACGCUGCUGGCAGACCAGGGCCAGAGCUGGCAGGAGGAGGUGGUGACCAAGGACAGUUGGUUGCAGGGUCCACUCAAGGCCACCUGUCUGUAUGGGCAGCUCCCCAAGUUCCAGGACGGAGACCUCACCCUGUACCAGUCCAAUGCCAUCCUGAGACACCUGGGCCGCACCCUGGGGCUGUAUGGGAAGGACCAGCGGGAGGCGGCGCUGAUAGACAUGGCCAACGAUGGCGUGGAGGACCUUCGCUCCAAGUACGCAGCUCUCAUCUACACCAACUACGAGGCGGGCAAGGAGGCCUACGUGAAGGCGCUGCCCGGGCACCUGAAGCCGUUUGAGACCCUGCUGUCCCAGAACCAGGGCGGCAAGGCCUUCCUCGUGGGUGACCAGAUCUCCUUUGCUGACUACAACCUGCUGGACCUGCUGCGGAUCCACCAGACGCUGGCCCCCGACUGCCUGGGCGCCUUCCCCCUGCUCUCAGCCUACCUGGAGCGGCUCAGCACACGGCCCAAGAUCAAGGCCUUUCUGGCCUCCCCCGAGCACCUCAACAGGCCCAUCAACGGCAAUGGGAAGCAGUGAGGGCCGACGGCCCAUGGCGGGGGCUGCCUAGUCCCCCGUCUCCCCAGGAUCAGUAAAAUUCCCCAGAGCA